ACAUUGGUAUGUGUCAAACACCCCAGCAACGUCUCGCAUUCCAGGUCCCGGGCCGGUCCCACUGAACCCAAAAGUCAACCCCGCACCGGUAUCAACAGGUAGGGCGAUGUUACAUCAGUACUGUAGUGUCGCCGAUUCGACGCCAUCAUAGGACGCUCAUAUAAACAGCGGCCCGCGUGAGACUUUUGAGCUUGCCGCAGCAGACUUUGAGAUACCAUACCGCCUUCCUGCAGUCACGAUCAAAUCGAGGUACAUCACUCUCGUUCGCAAUGGCGUCGGGCGCACACCAGUUGAAAGAUGCUUCGCUAUUGAAGACAUCAUGCUAUGUGAACGGGCAAUGGGUUGGCGCAGCGUCUGGCAAAGUCUUCUCUGUUGAAAACCCCUCUACUCUUGCCGAGGUGGGCAAAUGUCCCGAGUUCGACGAGAAGGACACCGAGGCCUCCAUCCUCGCCGCCCACGAUGCAUUCAAAUCCUACCGCAAGACGCCUGCACGGACCAGGGCCCGGCUAUUGAGAAAGUGGUACGACCUCAUGACGGAGCAUGCCGAGGACUUGGCUACAAUUAUCGCUCUUGAAAACGGCAAGCCCAUGUCCGACGCAAGGACAGAAGUCGCCUACGCUGCGUCCUUUUAUGAGUGGUUCUCGGAGGAAGCCCCUAGAAUCUACGGCGACACCAUCCAGGCGAGCAACCCCAGUUGUCGUCUGGUGACCCUCAAGGAGCCCAUUGGUGUCUGCGGUCUCAUCGCACCUUGGAACUUCCCCGCUGCCAUGAUCACCCGCAAGGUCGGACCGGCAUUGGCUGCGGGCUGCACUGUGGUUGUGAAAGCACCCGCCGAAGCUCCCUUGACGGCACUGGCCCUGGCAGAGCUUGCGCACAGGGCGGGGAUCCCCGCUGGUGUGGUGAACGUCAUCACGGCCUUGGACAACACGGUGUCCGUGGGCAAGGUCUUGACUACGCACCCGGUCAUCAAGAAAGUGUCGUUUACGGGAUCGACCGGCGUCGGGAAGCUCUUGAUGAACCAGUGCUCCACGACGUUGAAGAAGCUUUCGUUCGAGCUCGGCGGAAACGCCCCCUUCAUCGUUUUCGAGGACGCCGAUCUCGACGCAGCUCUCAAGGGCCUUACUGCAUCAAAGUUCAGACUCUCGGGCCAGACAUGCGUGUGUGCCAACCGCAUCCUGGUUCACAGCAAGGUCUACGAGAAGUUCUCGCAGAUGCUGGUAGAUGCCGUCAAGAGCUUCGUCGUUGGCGAUGGAUUCGGCGAGAAGACGACACAUGGGCCGUUGAUCCACGGUCGCGCGGUUGCAAAGGUGGACGAACACGUAAAGGAUGCGGUGUCCAAGGGAGCUCGCGUGCUCCUGGGCGGCAAGCACCGGGCCGAUCUAGGCCCCAACUUUUUCGACCUUACUAUCUUGGCCGAUAUGAAGCCCGGCAUGAAGGUCUGUUCGGAAGAGACGUUCGGUCCCUUGGCGGCUCUGUUCGCCUUCGAAACGGAAGAGGAGGCCAUUGCACUUGCGAACGACGCUGACGUCGGCCUUGCGGGGUACUUCUUCAGCAAGGAUGUCUCCCGAUGCUGGCGCGUGGCGGAGGCUCUGGAGGUCGGUAUGGUUGGUGUCAAUAUCGGAGCCAUCAGCGACCCAGCCGCGCCUUUUGGCGGCGUAAAGCAGAGUGGAUUUGGAAGAGAGGGCAGCAAGUAUGGUAUUGACGAGUUUCUGGUGACUAAGAUGGUCAUGACCGGCAUUGAAUGACGAUGAAGAUUUCCCGAUAUAUGAAUCUAGUAUCUACAAUAAGUCAAAGCACCCCCAUUUAGAACACCCCCUCAUUUCGAACACCCGACUUCACUAUUACACAUACUAUUAACCCAAACAACAACACCAACUAUCCCAACCACAACAUUAAAUAUUAAUUAUUUUAAAAAUACCAGUGUUUUCGCGAUGCCAAAAUACACUAAAAACGACAUUCAGCAAGCUCUUCAGGAUGUUAACAGUAGGAUAAGCAUACAACAAGCUUCCCGUACCUAGGGGAUACCUAUUACGACCCUACACUACCAAAGAAAGGGAUGCAUACCCA